CCGCCGCUCUCGCUGGUCGGCGCGGGGCGCUCUAUGGCGCGGGCGGCCCGGCUGUCAGCACGGCGCGCCGGAAGGAGGGCGGAGCGCGGCCCGGGCUUGUUUGGGUCCGGCGGGGCGGAGGGGUGAGGCGGCCAUGGGGGUCCCCAAGUUCUACCGGUGGAUCUCGGAGCGGUACCCCUGCCUCAGCCAGGUGCUGAAGGAGCAUCAGAUUCCAGAAUUUGACAACUUAUACUUGGACAUGAAUGGCAUUAUACAUCAAUGUUCACAUCCAAACGAUGAUGAUGUUCACUUCAGAAUCUCAGAAGAUAAGAUCUUUGCUGACAUUUUUCACUAUUUAGAAGUACUGUUUCGUAUUAUUAAGCCAAGGAAGGUUUUCUUCAUGGCAGUUGAUGGUGUAGCCCCAAGAGCAAAAAUGAAUCAGCAACGUGGCAGACGGUUUAGAUCUGCAAAAGAGGCAGAGGACAAAAUAAAAAAGGCAUUAGAAAAGGGAGAAAUUCUUCCGACGGAAGCCAGGUUUGACUCCAACUGUAUUACACCAGGAACCGAAUUCAUGGCCAGAUUGCAUGAGCAUCUUAAGUAUUUCGUCAAUAUGAAAAUUUCCACAGACAAAUCCUGGCAGGGAAUAACAGUCUACUUAUCAGGCCAUGAGACACCGGGCGAAGGAGAGCAUAAAAUUAUGGAAUUCAUCAGAUCAGAAAAAGCAAAGCCUCAUCAUGAUCCAAACACAAGGCACUGUCUCUAUGGCUUAGAUGCUGACUUGAUUAUGCUGGGAUUAACAACUCAUGAGGCACACUUUGCGCUCUUAAGAGAAGAAGUCAGAUUUGGUGGUAAAAAAUCUCAAAGAGCAUGUGCACCAGAGGAAACCACAUUUCAUUUACUUCACUUGUCACUGAUGAGAGAAUAUAUUGAUUACGAAUUUUCACCAGUGAAAGACAAGAUUUCCUUUGACUACGAUAUUGAAAAAAUAAUAGAUGAUUGGAUCUUAAUGGGUUUCCUUGUAGGCAAUGAUUUUAUCCCUCAUCUACCUCAUUUACACAUUAAUCAUGAUGCACUGCCGUUACUUUAUAGAACAUACAUGGCUAUCUUGCCAGAACUGGGAGGUUACAUUAACGAAAAUGGGCAUCUGAAUUUAAAGCGCUUUGAGAAAUAUCUCACAAGAUUGUCAGAUUUUGAUCGUGAACACUUCAGUGAAGUCUUUGUAGACCUAAAAUGGUUUGAAAGUAAAGUAGGCAAUAAAUACCUCAAUGAGGCAGCUGGUAUUGCAGCAGAAGAAGCCAGAAACAAUAAACAGAAGAAACGCAAGGCUCAGGAAAAUUCUCUCUGUUUGGCUGCUUUAGAAAAAAAUGAAGAUGAAGUUGUCACCUCUAAAACUGUUUUGGAAGAUGAACCAGAAGAUGAUGAUCUGUUUGAAACAGAGUUUAGGCAAUACAAGAGAACUUACUACAUGACUAAAAUGGGUAUAGAAGUCGUUUCUGAUGAUUUCUUGGCUGAUCAAGCUGAAUGUUACGUCCAGGCGAUACAAUGGAUUUUGCAUUAUUAUUACCAUGGAGUUCAGUCUUGGAGUUGGUAUUAUCCUUAUCAUUAUGCACCUUACCUGUCAGAUAUUCGCAACAUUGGUGAACUCAAAAUCCAGUUUGAAAUGGGAAAACCUUUCAUGCCAUUUGAGCAGCUUCUUGCUGUACUACCAGCAGCUAGCAAAGAUCUGUUACCUAGAUGUUACCAGCAUUUGAUGGUUAGUCAAGAUUCUCCUAUCAUAGAAUAUUAUCCACUGGACUUUAAAACUGACCUGAACGGAAAACAGCAAGAAUGGGAAGCUGUGGUGUUAAUCCCAUUUAUUGAUGAGAAACGACUCCUGGAAGCCAUGGAAUCGUGUAAUAAGUGCCUAAAAGAAGAGGAGAAACGGAGAAAUAUUCAUAGUGCUUGCUUAAUGUAUUGGUAUGACAAAGAUGCAGAGUUCCAGUACGUGUCACCAUGGCCAGAGAAAUUUCCUGCAAUAGAAAGAUGUCAUACCAGGUUUAAAACAAUACCUUUGGAUGCUUGGCGCGUAGAAAUCACCCACAACAAAAUAACUAAAAUCAACAAGAGUGCAUUAUAUUUUUGUGGAUUUCCUACCUUAAAGCACAUUAAACACAAGUUCUAUCUUAAAAAAAGUGGUGUACAAGUGUUUCAGCAAAGCAGCCAUGGAGAAAACAUGAUGUUAGAAAUCCUAACUGAGGAGAAUUCAAAAGAGCAAACAGUGGAAAAUGUUGCCAGUUUGGUACUUGGAAAGGUGGUUUUUGUUAACUGGCCACACCUUGAAGAAGCCAGAGUUGUUGCUGUGUCAGAUGGAGAAACUAAGUUUUAUUUGGAAGAACCACAUGGUACACAGAAACUCUACGUGGGAAAUGCAGUGCCCCCAACUAAAGUGACAUUUGUUGGAGAUAAGGAACAAAGCAUGUGGCUGAAAGAAGUUCAGGGUGUUUCAGAGCAUUAUCAGAGAAGAAAAGGAAUAAUUAUUCAUGAGACAUCAGUAGUUGUGUAUGCUCAGUUACUCACUGGUAAUAGAUAUCAACUAAACCAAAAUGGUCAAGUUUAUUUGGAGAAGCAGUGGUCAAAACAAGUUCUUCCUUUUGUUUACCAAACUGUUGUCAAGGAUAUCAAAGCCUUUGACUCUCGCUUUUCAAACAUCAAAACUUUGGAUGACUUAUUUCCACCUGGCAGUACAGCCUUUAUGCUGGGAUCUCCAUACUAUGGCUGCAUGGGAGAAGUUCAAGAUUCACGUGAUGUGAUACCAGAAGGUAGAAUUCGUGUAGUUUUCAGUAUUCCAUGUGAACCUCAGCUUGAUCGUCUAAUACAGAAUCAGCAUAAAUAUUCUGUGAAGUACAAUCCUGCUUACAUUUUGGCCAGCCGUCUUGGAGUAAGUGGAUAUCUAGUCUCCAGAUUUACAGGAAGUAUCUUUAUUGGAAGAGGAUCGAAGAAAAACCCUCAUGGAGAUCACAAAGCAAAUGUGGGGCUAAACCUUAAGUUCAAUAAGAAAAAUGAAGAAGUUCCUGGCUAUACUAAGAAAGUUGGAAAUGAAUGGAUGUAUUCUUCUGCAGUUGAACAACUACUUGCGGAGUAUUUAGAAAGGGUCCCUGAACUGUUCAGUUAUAUAGCCAAGAAUAGUCAGGAAGAUAUUUUCUAUGAAGAUGAUAUUUGGCCUGGUGAGGACGAGAAUGGAGCUGAGAAAGUUCAAGAAAUUGUUGCCUGGUUGAAGGCACAUCCUGUCUCUGCUUUAUCUCGCUCAUCUUGUGACUUGCAAAUUUUGGAUGCAGCUAUUGUUGAGAAAAUUGAAGAAGAAAUAGAGAAAUGCAAGCAGAGAAAGAGCAACAAGAAGGUGCGAGUAACUGUGAAACCCCAUUUGCUGUAUAGACCUUUAGAACAGCAGAAUGGAGUUGUUCCAGAUAGAGAGGCAGAAUAUAGGCUGUUUGACCGUGUUGUCAAUGUUAGAGAGAACUUCUCUGUACCAGUUGGUCUUCGAGGUACCAUUAUAGGAAUUAAAGGAGCCAGUAGAGAAACAGAUGUGCUCUUUGAAGUUUUGUUUGAUGAAGAAUUCCUUGGAGGCCUAACUAUAAGGUGCUCACCUGCCAGAGGUUAUCGUCUGCCAUCAAGUGCCUUAAUUAACCUGUCUCAUGGUAUUCGGUCAGAAAUGGGAAAUCAAAAACUGACAGCUAUAGUUAAACCUCAGCCAGCUGUGAAUAACUACAAUUCAUAUGCAUCUGAUCUAUCAUCUGUAUGCUCACAAAAAGUGCAUCUGGGAGGCCUCAACCAUUCCCCUCGCUCCCUUUUUGUUCCUACUCAACAACUGAAUGGAAGACAGCAUUACAAUCUCAGGGCUGAAAAUCAAGGGACCUCCAACUCACCUCACAAAGGAUCGUUUCUGAGCAGCAAUCAGAAGAAUAAAGCACAGAAUAAGCAAGAUGAUGAAUUUUGCAGUAUAUGGCAAUCAUUGCAGAGUUCUGGGAAGUCUCACCAUGUUCAGCAAAACAUGCACGAGAAGGGUACAGUUCUACCUCAGGAUAUCAAGCUGGGAUCUGGCAAUCAGUUCUGUAAGCCAGGCUUCAAUGAUGGCAGCUUUAGAAGUCAGCAAAGAAAACAGGAGCCAUAUAAAAAAUUUAAAGAAGACUCCAGAUUUACAAGAGGUGAAAGUCAACCCCAUAAUAAAAUACCAAACAAGCAGAAUUUUGCAGGCGUGAAUAAGCACAAUGUCAAGCUUCUGAAGAGAAAUGAAAGUGUGCCUGUAAUUCAGAAGGCUGCAAGUGAUGGUCCCUGUACAGGUGGAAAGAAGGACAGUGAACUUGAAAGCCUUCUAGCUUCAUUGAAAAUGUCCAAAGAAAAUGAAGUGCAGACUUUUUCCAAGGAAGCAAGAGCUACAAAUGAAGAACAUCUGUCACCACAAUCAUUUGCUAUGAAAGGAACACAGAUGCUCAAAGAAAUUUUGAAGAUAGAUGGCUCUGAUCUGGGAACAAGGAAUGAAGUGAAAUCCCAGGUUAAUGAUGUUCCUGCUUCCCCUGGUAGACAGGAUUGCCAUGGAGCUGCAUUGCAGUAUAGACAAACAAAAAAAAUGGCUGCUUAUAUGAACAAUCCUCAUAGCUCUGGAGGCCCUCAGAAUACACCAGCAUUGGAAACUGGAGGUCACCCUUUUGUUGGUCCACAGCCUGCAUUGUCUACUCCUGUUUCUGAACUUUCUCGUAUUUGUUCUCUUGUUGGGAUGUCACAACCUGAUUUUUCUUUUGUAAAAACACCACAGACUAUGACAGUUUGUCACAUAAAAUUAUCCAAUGGAUUGUUGGUUCAUGGACCACAGUGUCAUUCUGAAGCCGAAGCAAAGGAGAAAGCUGCGCUUUUCGCUUUACAGCGUUUGAGCUCCGUAGGGGUGAACUUGCCUUUUCCUCCACCGGUGUUUCCAAAUUAUCAGCCACUAGGAGUUCCUGUGCCACCUGGAUCUAUUCCUCCAGUCUUUGCACAAGCCCCUGCUAAUAUAAUACCUCCGUCAUCUCACAUGUUUGGUCCAGUGUCCUGGGGAACUCCAGUGCCUAUUCAUGGCAAACACUAUUAUCCUGGUUCCUACCCAGGAAAUGUGUCUCUUGCAGGAACUAUACCAGUUGGUUCUCACAACCAGUUUAUACCUCUACAGGUAACUAAAAAAAGGGCUGCUAGCAAGAAAAACUUUGAGUUCAAGGAGUUUCAGAGUUCCCCUCAAGCUGCACCACUAAAGAAUGAACAGCCAGUGUCUUCUGACCACAUUCAGCAAGAUAGUUCGUCAGCUCCUUUAAAAUCUCCUCAAGCCGCUCAGUCUACUGUUUCAUUUCAAGACAAUGUGGCUACUCCAAGCGUUCCUCGUAACAAAUCAACACCAAAUACUUCCAGCAAGCGAAAGCCAAGAAAGCUGGCUGUCAAUUUUGGCACGCCAAAAUCUUCAGAAUAAAUAUGGUAGCUAGGUGUAUUUUAUUUUAACUCUUCCCCCAAUGUUAUAUCAUUUAAAAAAAUCAGAAAGCUCUACUAAAAGACCAGCCACUUUAAGUAUAAUAUAGAAUGAAAUACAUUUUAUUUGCUAUGAAUUUCAGAUUGUUAUGAAAAUUGAAAAUGACAUUAAAACUUAAUUAUUUUGACUUAGAUUAGCAGGAAAUGCUGAGUUAAGGUUACCAUGCCAUUCAUUGUGCCUAGGUUUCUGAACAGUGGCUUACAGACUAUACUGGGUAAGCAGCAAUAACAGUGGCAACCUUAAUUCAGAAUCGCUGUGCUUUUUGAGUGGGAUAUGGAGCAGUAAUAAGUUGGGCAUCAAAUACUGCUUAGCAUGACAUUUUAUAUUCUAGCUUAUUUUUAAAUAGUGUAAUAAGAUAGAAAGGAAAAAAAAUAAUUUAAAUGCAGUUUUAGUAUUGGCUCUCCAGGUCCUUUUGAGAUGAAUCAGUAUAAUUAAAAUUUAGCUACAGUUAAACUGCCAAAUUUGCUGCAAUUAUGAACUAGUAGAUUUUAUGCCAGAGGGCAACAAAUUUAUAAAUUUCAAAAAUAGGUAUUGCUAUAUCUCUGAUGGUACAGAGUGGCAAGAUGUGCUUGCUGAUGCACAAUCCAUUCUAAGAGAUUAAUUUAUAGGAUGUAUUGAAUAAAAAAUAUAUUUACAAAGUAGAGACCUCUUUGGUAAAGUUUUUGUUUUCUUUUUGUUUGUUUGUUUUAAAGCUAGUAGCACUAUAUUUCUUUGUUUUCUGGUGAUAAAGCAACAUGGAUAUCUACUACAGUUUGCAUAGUCCCCUAAAAUGCCAGUGAUAUCCUGAAAUUUUCUACAUUAUAAAAUUGAGUGGAGUUUAAAGAUGUUUAUCUGUGUAGUAUGGCUGUCAAAAUUGUGCUUACUGAGUCCAUUUUUCCCCCCAGUAGUUUGUGCCUUGAAACCUUCUCUAUGGUAUGUUAUUUUUAUGGCUAGGUGACUUUUAGUAUUUAUUUUUGGUUUUGUGAUAGACGUUCUGUGUAGCAGAAUUGUCAUUACGUUAUCAUAAACUAUUACUAUUAGUUUCAUAAGAAUAUUUAUGCAAAGUUGACAUGUCUUUUUGGAGGGAGCUAAGUUGUAAGAAGUAAUUACAUCAUGCUUAGUUCAUGUACAAAAAGAGAAGGCUCAAAGGUAUGUACCUGUUCAUUUUUCACCCACGUGCACUGAUCUUACUCAUAUUAACAAUAACCCUUCAGUCUAAGAAUUUAAAGCCUCAGUUGGUGCUGUUCACUGGCAUUGAUUAAGUUUCAUUUUUCUUCUUUAUUCUAAUUAUUCAAGGAAAAAAUAGUUUUCCUCUGAAAAUAGCUGAGAAAUAAAUUACACUUUAGUGGUUUAUUUUCUUGUCUCCCAAACAGUUUUUGUGUUGGAUCUGCAAGUCUGUAGACUUGCUUUUCACUUCCAUUAGUAUCAAGUUUCACAUUAUUAUCAUUUUUCAUGAUUUUUUUAAUACUACUUUCUCCAAAACAAUAGCAUUAAAUCCUAUGAAAAGGAUAAUAGAGGUAAAAAUGUUUUAUUUAGUAUCACACCUAACCUUGUAGAAUAGUCUAGAUUCAGUCUUAAAAAUACAUUGAUUUUUGUUGUUUUCUUUAUAUUCACUUAGUUUCAAGAAAUUAAAAGCCAUAUUCCAUGAAGGGAAAGGGAGACAUAUUGGUGAUUUAUUGUCAUUUGCAAUGUGAUACUCACAAGAUGUUUUCAUGCCAAUAUUUCAGGAGUGUUUAUAUGAAACUCUAUGAGACACAGAUAUCAGUCCCCUAUGUCCUACAUGAGUUACCUGAUCAUCAGAGACAAGGUCUGUUUAGAAAUUCCUGUGACAGAGAUUAGACCACGUUAGAUUCUUGCAUCACCUUAUCUCCCAGACUGUAGUCUCCUUCAAACUUUACCACAGGUGUCAUCAUGAAAGACUUAAACAGAUAUGAUUGGUAAGGAUUUUGUCAUUUCAGUUGAAAUUCUGAAUUUCCAUAAAAUUACCGAAUUUUUAUAUAUCUGGAUAGCCAAUUUAUGCAGAUUAAAAAAGAAUAUUAAGGACGCUAUACUAGUAACACCAGUAAACACAGCGAUUUUUAUUAUUAAUCACUUCUUGUUUCCAGAUUUCCUCCUUCUCUUCUGGAAAAAAUUGCUAGAUUUAAUCUAUGUAGCUGGUUAAACAGUUAAUUCUGUAGCUGCUGCAUAUUGUAUUAGACUCUAGGUUUUAGUAUAUAUAAUUAUAUUCUGUGAUACUGACUGCCUGGUGCCCAGUUAAUUACAGUUUUACAUGUCCUGGUACACGUGACAUCUGCAUUGACCUAUGCCGUCUCCCUCUGACUUCAGUUUCAUAUUUUAAUGAGAUGAUUGUUUAAUUCAUACAGGUAUAAAUUUAAACAUUUGUUUUUCUCAUAAAUAUGAAGUAUUUUGUAAGCACUGGAAUUUUUCAUUAGAUCUUAUACAGAGCAGUAUUUUACUAAAAAUCAAAAAGGGAAGACUUUUAUGUGCGCAUUUUUGUAGUUUCUGAUUUUUUUAAAAUAACUUUUCAUUGUUUAUCUGCCAAGUGAAAUGUUUUAAAUUUGCAUAUGAAUGGAUACAGAAUGUAUUUUUUGUGCUGUUUAGUGUUAGUGUGCAUUUGCAGAUUUUUAGCAUGUACUUGCACAAAGGACUGUGCGAAGAUAUUUUAAAAUAUGAAUAUAUGAUACACUGAAGGAAACCAUUAAUAAGAGUUAAAUGCUAUAUAAAACUUUAAUGCAAUAGAAUAAUUUUAUAAAUUGUGUCUGUGUCUGUUUGGAUUAAAUAUUGAAACCAAAAAAAACCAUAUUUUCACUGUUUUAUUUUCAAAUACUAUGUGGGAACUUCUGUAUGCUCCAAAUCAAAAUGUUAAGAUAUGAAUUCAAUCUCAUGAAGACCAAGUACUGUCUCAGAAGUGGCAACCGCCCAUCUCCUCAGAGCUAUUUCUUCAUGGCUUUCAACUGCUAUUCAGUUAAAAACUGGAAUCUUGUUUAAAUAGCUGUUGGUCAGUUUGAAAUCAAAAGCAUUUAAUUAGAUGGUGAUCUUCUGAAAUUUCUUUGGUAUAUGUCACCUGUAAGAUUAAAAAAAAAAAAAUCUAAUUAAAGGCAGUAAGAAUAUUACUCUUCAGGAA